AUGAGUCCUGCUGCUGAGGACAAGGCUCCUGCCGCUGAGGACAAGGAUCCUAGCGCUGAGGACAAGGUUCAUGGCGCUGAAGACAAGGUUCUUGGCGCUGAGGACAACGCUCUUGGCGCUGAGGAGAAGGCUCCUGGCGCUGAGGACAAGGUUUCUGGCGCUGAAGUCAAGGCUCCUGGCGCUGAGGACAAGGUUCCUGGCGCUGAAAUCAAGAUUCCUGGCGCUGAGGACUAGGUUCAUGCCGCUGAGUACAAGGUUCCUGCCGCUGAGGAUAAGGUUCCUGCCGCUGAGGACAAGGUGGCAGAGGCUGAGGACAAGGUUCCAGAGGCUGAGGACAAGGUUCCUGUCGCCGAGGACAAGGUUCCUGGCGCUGUGGACAAGGUUACUGGUGCUGAGGACAAGAUUCCUGCCGCUGAGGACAAGGUUCCUGCCGCUGAGGACAAGGUUCCUGUCACUGAGGACAAGGCUCCUGUAGCUGAGGACAAGGCUCCUGGCGCUGAAGAAAAGGUUCCUGGCGCUGAGGAAAAGGCUUUUGCCACUGAGAACAAGGUUCCUGCCACUGAGAACAAGGUUCCUGCCGCUGAGGCCAAGGUACCUGUCGCUGAGGAAAAAGGUCCUGGCGCUGAGGACAAGGGUCCUAGCGCUGAGGACAAGGUUCCUGGAGCUGAAGACAAGGUUCCUGGUGCUGAGGACAAGGGUCUUUGCGCUGAGGACAAGGUUCCUGGCGCUGAAGUCAAUGUUCCUGGCGCUGAGGGCAAGGUCCUGUCAAUGAGGACUAGGUUCCUGGCGCUGAGGAUAAGGUUGCUGUCGCUGAGGACUAGGCUCCUGCCGCUGAGUACAAGGUUCCUGUCGCUGAGGACAAGGUUCCUGUCGCUGAGGACAAGGUUCCUGUCGCUGAGGACAAGGCUCCCGGAGUUGAGGACAAGGCUCCUGGCGCUGAAGAGAAGGCACCUGGGGCUGAGGAAAAGGCUUUUGGCACUGAAAACAAGGUUCCUGCCGCUGAGGACAAGGUCGUGGCGCUGAGGAAAAAGGUCCUGGCGCUGAGGACGAGGUUCCUGGCGCUGAGGACAAGGUUUCUGGCGCUGAGACCAAGGUUCCUUGCGCCGAGUACAAGGUUCCUGGCGCUGAGGACAAGGUUCCUAUCGCUGAGGACUAGGUUCCUGGCGCUGAGGACAAGGUUCCUGUCGCUGAGGUCUAGGCUCCUGCCGCUGAAUACAACGUUCCUGUCGCUGAGGACAAGGUUCCUGUCGCUGAGCACAAGGUUCCUGGCGCCGACGACAAGAUCACUGUUGCUGAGGCGUCAUUCCUGCUGCUGAGGACAAGGCUCCUGCCGCUGAGGACAAGGUUUCUGGGGCUGAGGACAAGGAUCCUAGCGCUGAGGACAAGGAUCCUGGGGCUGAGGAGAAGGCUUCUGGCACUGAGAACAAGGUUCCUGCUGCAGAGGACAAGGUUCCUGCCGCUGAGGAAAAGGGUCCUGGCGCUGAUGAAAAGGGUUCUGUCGCUGAGGACAAGGUUCCUGUCGCUGAGCACAAGGUUCCUGGCGCCGACGACAAGGUCACUGUUGCUGAGGCAUCAUUCCUGCUGCUGAGGGCGAGGCUCCUGCUGCUGAGGAAAAGGUUCCUGUGGCUGAGGACAAGGAUCCUAGCGCUGAGGACAAGGUUCCUGGGGCUGAGGAGAAGGCUUCUGGCACUGAGAACAAGGUUCCUGCUGCAGAGGACAAGGUUCCUGCCGCUGAGGAAAAGGGUCCUGGCGCUGAUGAAAAGGGUUCUGUCGCUGAGGACAAGGUUCCUGUCGCUGAGCACAAGGUUCCUGGCGCCGACGACAAGGUCACUGUUGCUGAGGCAUCAUUCCUGCUGCUGAGGGCGAGGCUCCUGCUGCUGAGGAAAAGGUUCCUGUGGCUGAGGACAAGGAUCCUAGCGCUGAGGACAAGGUUCCUGGGGCUGAGGAGAAGGCUUCUGGCACUGAGAACAAGGUUCCUGCUGCAGAGGACAAGGUUCCUGCCGCUGAGGAAAAGGGUCCUGGCGCUGAUGAAAAGGGUUCUGUCGCUGAGGACAAGGUUCCUGUCGCUGAGCACAAGGUUCCUGGCGCCGACGACAAGGUCACUGUUGCUGAGGCAUCAUUCCUGCUGCUGAGGGCGAGGCUCCUGCUGCUGAGGAAAAGGUUCCUGUGGCUGAGGACAAGGAUCCUAGCGCUGAGGACAAGGUUCCUGGGGCUGAGGAGAAGGCUUCUGGCACUGAGAACAAGGUUCCUGCUGCAGAGGACAAGGUUCCUGCCGCUGAGGAAAAGGGUCCUGGCGCUGAUGAAAAGGGUUCUGGCGCUGAGGACAAGGUUCCUGUCGCUGAGGACAAGGUUCCUGGCGCUGACGUCAAGGCUCCAGGCGCUGAGGACAAGGUUCCUGGCGCUGAAGACAAGGUUCCUGGGGCUGAGGAGAAGGCUUCUGGCACUGAGAACAAGGUUCCUGCUGCAGAGGACAAGGUUCUUGGCGCUGAGGAAAAGGGUCCUGGCGGUGAGGAAAAGGGUUCUGGCGCUGAGGACAAGGUUUCUGGCGCUGAGGAAAAGGGUCCUGGCGCUGAGGAAAAGGGUUCUGGCGCUGAGGACAAGGUUCCAGUCGCUGAGGACAAGGUUCCUGGCGCUGAGGACAAGGUUCCUGGCGCUGAAGUCAAGGCUGCUGGCGCUGAGGACAAGGUUCCUGCCGCUGAAGUCAAGGUUUCUGGCGCUGAGGACAAGGUUCCUGCCGCUGAGGACAAGGUUCCUGGCGCUGAGGAAAAAAGUCCUGGCGCUGUGGACAAGGGUGCUGGCGCUGAGGACAAGGGUCCUGGCGCUGAGGACAAGGCUCCUGGUGCUGAGGAGAAGGCUCCUGGCGCUGAGGACAAGGCUCCUGGCGCUGAGGACAAGGUUGCUGGCGCUGAGGACAAGGUUCCUGGCGCUGAGGAGAAGGUUCCUGGCGCUGAGAAUAAGGUUCCUGGCGCUGAGGACAAAGUAACUGGCGCUGAGGACAAGGUUCCUGGCAUCCUCGUUCCAAGGGCUUCUCGGCUGCCUGCGUUUCCGUAAGCAAUGGGACAAGCCAAACCGGAACACCGCAAAUUCUGGUGUUUUCCGGAAGUAAACGCGUUGUGCUGCAAGCUAAAAAUGCUGACUAUGCACUAAUUUUAACUGAGGAGUGGAGACGUGUUGGUGAGCAGAAAAUAUUGGAUUUUUCGUUUGUUUCGAUGUAUUUUCCACCAUCAAGGGAAUAUGUGCAGACCACCUAAUGGAAUUAUACAUAUUGGGGGUUUAUAUUUCGUUAUAUCGUUAAUAUUCGUCAAAGUACAACCAUAUUUUGGUUUCGUAUUACAUGUAUCAAUUUUCAUGUAUAAUGUAAACAUGAUCGGGUCGAAAUGUGCUCGAAGUGGCCGCUGUGAUUCGAAACAUCAUGGGUUCUUGUACAGAUGACCUGUUUCAACACGCGCUUGUAAAGUCACUUCAAAGACUGGACAAAGCCGGACUGGAAAUUAAAGAGAAAUAAUUCGAAGCUUUAUCGUCGAUCGACGUAUGUUGUAUAUUAAAAGGAACAAGAACAUGUGACAUGUUUAAACGGCGGUGUGUGUCUGUUUACUGGGUUACAACAACGGCAAUAACAAUGAAUCACCUAACAUUUCAAGAAAAUAUAAAUUAUAGAUAGAUGUCAUGGAUGACGCCAUGAGUUUUGGAUUUGUAUUGCUAGAUUUAAAUCUAUAUUUAUAUGUAUACAAAAUCAUGCGUGCGUAAAUUUGAGCAAAAAAGUUUAAAUUUCUUACAAUUUCACAUCAGGGAGUUCAUUGCUCCCCCCCCCCUCAUUAUCCAGAAGUGUGACUAAGUGUUUUCUAGUAUCUAUCCAGGUGUCCAAUCUAAAUCACCACAACAGGAUGUAUACCUGAGUGAUGGUAAGGGAGGUGGGGUUAACAUUCUGAUUUAUAAAUAGAUUACUACACAUUUCCACAUUAAAAAUAUGACUGUAUUCAAUAGACUGUAUCUAUAGCAGGAGGCUUAAACCAGAAUUUCAGAAUACAAUACAACUUUUAUGUCAUUUUUGUAAUAGUUUAAAAUCAAUUUUUAUACAGACAUGGUAGGGUGUCUCCUGGCUAGAAGCCUGCAUAUCACAUACAAAUUUUCAGUUUUGUCAAUAUUAAUAGUUUAUUUUAUAAUUUCAAUUCUUACAAGAUUUGCAAUAAGUCAACAGAAUAAGUAUUCUAUUCUGAACUGUUGACAGAAAACAGUGUAAAUACAUGAUCUCAUCCAAUAUGACACAAGAAUUCGAGACCCCCACCUUGGGCAUACCAGGGGCAUUCACUUAGUUUGGUGUGUGAAAUUCAGUGAAGUCCCCUGCAGCCACGACAAAAUGGCAAGGUAAAUUUCUUCGGUCCUAUCAUCCUCAGGUAUUCAAUUGGAAUUUUUACAUGAAAUUUCCCAAACCAUUCCUUUACGGUUCUGUAAAAGCCUUUCCUAGCCGACUGCUUUAUUUCAGCAUUUAUAUAAAAGACUAUGCCUUUCCUAGCCAAAUGCUUUAUUUCAGCAUUUAUAUAGCCGACUGCUUUACUUCAACAUUUAUAUAAAAGACUAAGUGACCCCCCCCCCACCCCCCCCAUGACCUCAUUCAUUCCCCACUUGGACACUGAAAGUAAGUGUCUUCCCUGUUUGCCAAAAAAUGAUAAACCAGUGAAUAAGAGGCGAUUGUCCUUGCAUUAUGCCAAAGGUGCAAGGAUUCAAAUGACUGGUGCAAUUGAAUAUGCUUAUAAGCUUAUUCACUGUAUUUAAUUAAAAGCUAUUAAAAUUACUCACUAAUAAUACAACUGAGGAAAAUUCAGAAAUAGUAAAAUACACCCAUAAUAUUCCACAUGCUAUAUUUAUAAAUUCCAAUUGGCCAUUUUAAUAUAGGGCCAUUUUAAUAUAGGCGUGUAUUAAAUAAGCCAAGUGACCAAUACCAAAAGCAUAAUAAUUAAUAAAACACAAUAUAUUACACCAUUAAAACUUUACUAUCGUUACUAUAUAUUAUUAAACAUUUUAUAUUUACAGUGUGCAUAAAAUUUUACAAUUAUACUUGAGCACAAUGUUUUAAUAAUAGACAACUUUAUAACAAGAAAAUGUUAAAAUGAAGAAACUUUUUAAUGGCUUCAUAAUUGACGUUUCUUCGAUAUUGUUGCUUACUUCUACUUUAUAAUUGUCCAUUCUGUUAUUUUCUUUCUUUCUGUUUGCAAAUUAUCUCCAUUAAUCCAUAGAAAACAAGCAGUUUACGUUUGUAUUUCUUCGUAUUUCGAAGGCGCAGUCCUUGAAGGCAGCCAUAUUGCAAAUAUAAACAUCCACUUGACGAAUAAACUUUUCAUAUUUCACUCUAUUUCCAACGACCAAUCAAAUCACUUCUGUCUCGGCUUGUCCCAGGGCUUACCAAUCUCGUUCCCCGAGCCUGCGAUCCUUGGGAAGGAACCGAAGGCUCUGGGAUAAUCCGUUUCAGGGAGGAAUCUGAUUGGCCGUUGAUAUGGAAUGGAAUGUAGCAAUAGAACGAAAAUUAAUUAUUAAUCGUAUAAUUUUAUAACAACAUGGCUGCCUUUUAGGAGUGGGUUAAUAUUGUUUUUGGAUUUCAGCGACGAUUUCAGUGCAAUUUUAGCAGUGCUAAGGUAAAUUAUCUUCUGUAAUUGUACAUGGAAAAUAUAAAGAAACGUUAUAUUUUUCACAAUAGUAAAAUAGGGCGUGAAACUUUUUAUAAAUUUGUCAUUCGUGUUGUAAAAUACACCGAGCUAUUUGCCUAUUUUUAUACUAAACUAUAUGCCUUACAAGUUAUAUUUUGGAACUAUCUUCCUCAAUAAGCAACUUCCUCUUAAUUGCUAAAUAAUGAUCUCACACUGGCAAUUUUUAUUAUAAUUUUUGUAGUCUGCAUACUUGUGCCAUAAGUGUAGGAAGUGGAUACAAAUUCAUAAUAAAUAUAUUAGCAAUAUUUUAAUAUUGCUUCCAUUGAACUGCAUUCCAAUAUAAUUUCCAAAGAAGAAAAGCACUAUAAGCUUCUUAGAAACAAUAGCUUUGUAACAAAUAUGGCAGGGCUAGGCUCACAUAUUGAUUUGUUUUUGUUCCCCAGAUCAAAUUUGGCUAUUCUGAAUAAAACUGCUGGUAUAUGAAGUUGGUAUCACAGCAUUUUUUGGUAAACAACAGCACAUGGAUUGCUCCCAAAAGACACAGACAUACUGUAUGCAUGGUCUUUCAAGUAA